CGCUGAGGGGCAAUUUUAAUGGGGUCGGCGUGGAGGUUAAGGUUAUGCGACGGUGGCCGUUGGCUCGCGAAAGGAGACGAAAAGUCUUUGAGAAAAUGUCGCGGAUGAAAUUGAUCGAGGAGGGCGCGAUACUUUAUUCGGUACUUUAUCGCUGGUGGAUAUUGGGAGUGGGAUGGUUGUUCGACCGUAUGUGGUGUCCGAUUGACGGAGGGAGAUUUGGUUGUGGUGCGCGAGAUGGGUAGGGACUGGUUGUUAUCGUUGCAUUGAUUCAUGUAGAAUUUAAUAGUAAGCCGGGAGACGUUGAGCGAUGAGAGAAAACUUUGCGUUUGUACGUCAUUCGGGCUAUCUUGUGCCCCUUCUUUCGAUUUACAUUAGCGCCCUGCAGACGAUUACGAUUGGAUGUUGGGUUAUACCUGAAGCCGACCAGCAGGGAGUACUCCACUCGUUUAAAAGUUACGAGGAUCUCGUUGUGUUUCAUUAUAGUGUACCGAAGCAAGUGCUUUACGCUAGUUGGCAGUUCUCCGCGUUCGCCAAUAACGAGAAAUGUCCGGCACGGAAUGUCCACGUAUUUUUAAAAUGGGGUAGCUAUCCUGUUAUUGACGUUGAUAAUGCGACGUAUCCAUCUUAUAUGUUUGUGGAGCACAGUGAUACGACGAAGGCGUCGAUCGUCACGGCUUACGAGUCCAAGUCGAUCGAGAUUAUUCCGAUUUACAGUCCAGUGCCGGGCGAUUGGUUCGUAAGUGCCUAUUUGUCCCAUUGGGAUGAGGAGGUGUACCAAAAGGGUCUUGGCUGCGAGUGUCAUUACAGUCUGAGUUCUGUGGCACUUUGGUCGGAGAUCAAUGGCAUAGCGAAUAUUCCAUUGGGUUACCAGAGAACGAUGAGGACAAGCGGAGUCAUCACAUAUUACAAAAUAUAUAUUCCGAUGGAUACGUGGAGCUUUUACGUGGAUGUUUGGGGCUGCAAUUUCACUUUAAAGAGAGCUCUGAACCAUCGUGAAGCGUGCGUCGAGCAUCUAGCCUUGGAAGGACAAACGCUCCCUGUCUACAAUCGCUCAAAUCCAGGUAACGUUGGAAAUUUGUCAUCGUCUGACACUUACGAGUUCACGGAAAUGUCCCCCUGUCAAGAUUGUUGGUACUAUUUGAUGGUUGUGUCCAGUAGCGUUGUAACUUUCGACAUCCUGGUUACAGUAUUUGAUUGCCCAGUGAAAACCAUAGAAGAAACACACAUUCUACAACCUCGUCUUGGAAACACAAAAGUUUAUCUGCAACCGUCAAGUCGUCUACACUUGAGUGUCUUAAAGGCCGACUCUGGCCCGCUUCAAUUCAUGAAUCAAGCCUACGCUCGUCAAGCCAAUCUCGUGUUUGAUAAAAAUAAAUGGUUCGGCAACUUCGAAGGGGACCGUAAUAUUAACGCAUGCGUUCCAAGGUAUCAACUCGCCAGAAUAAAGCACACGGAGCCCUUUUCCCGGGACUAUUUAUUAAGGGUAAAUGGUCGCUCGAAAUCAUUGUCGACUCGUGACAAGAAAGACGUCUGGAUUUUACGUUUACGCAUGUACAAUGAUUUUCAGGGACAGGAGUGGCUCACGCAGCUAUUAGCUCUAAGCGAUAAAUAUCCAAUCAUUACGCAGUUCAAUAUUCUACCAUUGGUCGACAUUGGCGGUACACUCGAUAUUAGCAUAAGUCUUGAAAGGGAGGAGACUUUCAGCAAGCAACGCAUAAACGUAGUUGUUUGCAUAAGUCGCGGCCGAGUACCAAAUAAUCAAGCAAGUGGUAAUGUUACAUGCGAUAAUGCGCGAAUGAAGAUGCGAUUGUCUUCCAGUGGUGGUAUGCGCAAUUCUAGUCUUCUAAUUCCUUAUCCGCAACCAGACACUUGGUAUGUCGCGCUUCACACAAAAUGCGAGAUAAACGACACGCCUAGGCCUUGCGAACCGGAGCAAAUAUUAGUGUCGUUGAGAAUCAAAUUACGAGCCUGUGUUUUUGAAGGGAGUAAUUCUUGCGGUCGGCAUGGUAUCUGUCAAGAAAUCCAUAAGGGCUUACUUUCUUAUAGCGCUUGCAAAUGUUUUCGAGGUUAUCAAGGAUGGGAUUGUACAGACUCAUCAAAUUCUCUUUCCCACUUUUCAAUAUUAACCACAUCUCUUGCUUUAACGUUGAGCAAUGUUUUUUUCGUGCCGGCUAUAUAUUUGGCAUUUAAACGCAAACUCCACGCGGAAGGUUUAAUUUACUGUUGCGCAAUGUUAUUCUCUAUGGUCUACCAUGUUUGCGAUCAGCAAUUCGCUGCUUGCAUCGCAAAGUUUGAAGUUCUGCAGUAUUGUGAUUUUUUCAUAGGCUUACUCGCAUUUUGGGUUACGUUAGUCGCUAUGGCUGAAAUACCGGCGCAAUAUACGUCAUUUUUCCACAUGUUGGGAGCUAUCAUUAUCACAUUUCAAAUUAAAUCGGAUAAAACAGGACUGCUUAGCAUAUCGAUACCCAUGAUUAUUGGGAUAGCCAUACCGCUAACUACCUAUGGAUACCAGUGCUAUAAAAUAAAUAAAAUCACUUGGCCUAAAAGAAUAAUCAAAUUAGCUAUUGGCCUAUCACUCGCGGGACUUGGUAUUUUAUUAUUUUCUUUUGUUGAGACUGAAUCCAAUUAUCAGUACGUGCACAGUUUAUGGCAUGCAAUUAUUGCAUUAUCCUUAAUUUUUUUAUUGCCACCAAUGAGAGAAGAUGAAAUUCUAAGGAGCAGAUAUGCCGAUGAAUUAAAUAACAAACAUUCUCCUGGAAAUUCCGCUUUCAAUAUUGGUGAAAGCCAUCGGAAUAGCCAAUUCAUAAUGGAUGUUAACUAA